AUUCAUGGUAUUAGAAAUCAAAGCGAGGCAACACGAGGCAAUCAUCUGAUUCUUGUUACUACAUAACACGCAAAUUGCACGUAUUAUUAUUUAUCGCUUCGGCAUAAAAUUGUUCAAUAAAUUCGAAUAAAUUGUGAUUGAAUUAAUCAUGGAACAGUAUUUAAAAAAUAUUAAAGUUGGAUUUAUUGGAGGCGGAAAUAUGGCCAGUGCUAUAGGUGCUGGUUUAAUACACAAAGGUGUAUUAAAUCCGAAUAAUGUCUGGGUUUCUGGUCGUACAAACAGAACACAUAAUUUUUGGAAAGAUUUGGGUGCUUAUCCAACUCUGAAAAAUAAAGAAGUUGUGAGUAAUUGUGAGAUUAUAUUUCUGACAGUGAAACCGCACAUGCUGGAUGAUGCACUUAGCACUAUAGAAAAGGAAUCUGAUCGGAAAUUUGAGAAGAAGCUUUUUAUUUCCGUGCUUGCUGGAGUACCUCUUGAAGUCUUGGAUGCUAAACUGUCAAGGAUUGCAUCAUCACCAAGAAUAAUUAGAUCUAUGCCAAAUACACCCAUGAUGGUUGGAGAAGGAAUUAUAGUUUAUUGCAGCGAGAAUGCCAGUCCUAAAGAUUUAGAGGUGAUAGAUGCAUUGUUUUCUUAUAUUGGCAUAACUCAAAAUGUUCCGGAAAGUCUUAUGAAUGCUAUUAGUGGUCUGUCAGGUUGUGGUCCAGCGUUUGCAUAUCUUGUCAUAGAAGCAUUGGCGGAUGGAGGUGUUAGGAUGGGUGUACCAAGGCCAAUGGCGACUAAGUUUGCAGCACAAGUGUUAGUAGGAGCUGGAAAAAUGGUACUCGAGACUGGACGACAUCCUGGUCAAUUGAAAGAUGAAGUCUGCUCACCUGGAGGUACUUCUAUCGCUGGUGUUCAUGCCAUGGAAGCAGGAGGAGUCAGGGGAUCUAUGAUGAAUGCUGUUCAGGCUUCUGUAAAUAAAACAAAUGAACUAACAUCCCAAUCAAAAUAAUUUCCAUAGUUAAUAUAUUGGGAUACUUCAGUAGAGAAAUAGAAAUAGAUAAUUUAAUUUCACAAGCAACUUUUUUUUAUAUUCUUACAGUAUUGGAAAAAUUUUUUCUUUAAAUAUUAUUAUGUGGUGGAAUAUCAUGUGAUCACAUCAUACAUGUAAGUCUCGAUAUUUUUUUUAAGUGUAUUUACAAAUCAGUAAUUCCUGGUAUUAUCAGUUAUUCAUGGUAUUACUACAGUUUAUUAUAAAAAAUAUAUACAAUAUACAUAUAUACAGUA